AUGGUGCAACUCAACGAUCUGCCUACAGAGAUCCUAAUUGAAAUCUGUAAGGCGGCAACUGACAACCCUGCAAGACCUUUUGAGUCGCAAGGUACCUGGACGCCCUUCGAAUCUGCAUGCUCCACCACUGUGUUUGAAGAAUGCAGGGGGGCCCUUCGAACGAAAGCGACUCUACCUUUAGUCUGCUCGUUGUUUAGAAGACUAUCACUAGAGCUACUUUACGAAGAUAUUUGGAUAAAUCAUGGUUCAGACGGCCUGCUAGCGGCUCUCGAGGUGUCGAAGAACGGCCAAGACCCCGGACUUUGUGGAUACGUAAAACGUAUCACAAUAUCGCUGGACGAUGGAGGGGAAUCACGUCAAACCCGCCGCUCAAUUUACAAGAAUUCGCGUCGAAUAUUCUUGUGCUGCCCGAAUAUACGCGCUAUCUCUCAUUUUCGAAGACUGCGAGAAGAUAGGGAAGAUGGAGGGGGCUGCGAAUAUGAGUUGACAGGUGGAUUUCCCUUCGAUGAUCUUGACUUACCUUUUUUGCAGCGAGUAGACUGGCAUAACAUGCCUUUCAAUACCCCCCUUGCGAGCGCCCCAUCUCCGCGGUUCAUCUGGCAUUCACACUCUCUACAGGUCCUUAUGAUCGGUGCAGACGAGUUUCCAAUACAUACGGACAGGUCAGAUCAGGAAAUUAUUAUUGACUUACCGAAUCUUCACACCCUAGGAAUCUUCUCCACCAACACAUUUCGCAGUAUCUUUCCACGGCGCGAGCACAUCUCACUCCCCUCCAUCCGCCGACUCUUUAUCGCUCGUCCGGACGCAAUAAACAACUUCUUUGCGGGAUGUCUAGCACCCAUGGUUGAUGGAAUAACAACCCUUGAGAUAGGACCUGACCCCCACUUCUUACGCCACGACUUUGUGGCGGCAAUCCUAGGUUACUGCCCGACUGUAACCGAACUUUACAUCCCUGUGGUGACGACGCGGCCGUUGAGUAGGAACGCCCCCCAAACCCUCUUCUUUGCAUUUUCUGUGCGGCAGGUGUUUUUGUACGUCGGAGCGGCAGGUAAGCAUAUGGACAAGGACCCUCGCUGGUGGGUGUUGCUACAAGGACACUUCGAGGGUCUUAAUAGCGAAGGAACUAGAUUGCCUGUGCUUGAGCGUAUCGUCCUUUGUGGGUGGGAGUGGAAGGACACCCUCAGCGAUGAACGAUUUGUCCCCAUUCUGCGGCCUGUACGUGCAAAGGGAAUCCGCAUCGACUGUGACAUUGCAGACCUACACACAGGCCUCUCCAAUUUACUGGAGACGUUGAAGAGACGUGUUAGUGGCUGA